AUGUCAGGUCCUAGUAGCUGCAUAAACAUUGAUAUUCCUGAUCGGAUAUAUGUCCGCGUAACCUCGCGACAGAUCCAUCUCGUAUAUCUAUCUGCCAGGAUCGGCUGCCUUGGAGAAGCGUCCUUCUGCGAAACAGAGCAGCAACUCGUUUCUCGAAGCAGAGGCUCAGUUCCAGGGCCUGCCCACAGCGCGGGCAAUGAGCUCCUGAGGCCGCCCCCGCGGACACCUGCCGCCGACAAGGUCAGCCAACAGAGGAGCAUCCAGGCAGUCCUGCUCCACAUUGCUGUUAUAUAUCUUGCAGGGGGCGCUGACUGGUUGCCGAGGGCGAUUCUGAGGAGUGGCCACCUCGAGCUGUUGGUUUGCUUGGGUUCCGGAUCGUCACAAUCGGCCGGGGCGGCUGCGUCCCCUCUGAAGAGAACUCCGAAGGACACGGAGGCAAGACGGUUCCACAAGAAGGGGAAGUCCGACUGCUGGAUGCGGCCACUCCGGGCGCUGCAUCGAUACGCGGUGCCCUUCCAGGCCCUUUCCUUGGAUCAGCCUGUGCAUCCGUUCCAGAUCGGUGACCAAGUCCUUGUCAAGAAGUGGAAGCGUGGCCCCCUCACACCACGGUGGGAUGGCCCCGACACUGUUUCGCUCAUCAGCCAAGCUGCAGUUAAAAUUCUUGGAAGUGACAAAUGGACACACCAUACGUGGGUGAAACGGUUCCUGAACCCUAACCUGGAGGCCGGGUCAGCAGAAGAGGACAUCAGCCCCCUGUCCGCCCCGGCCCCGGAAGCCCGGGGUGGCACAGGCGAAAACCCCACCUGGGAAUAUCAUGGACUAGACGGACUAAAAGGACUGUUUAAGAAAAAAUAAGAUAACAAAAUUAUUAUUAAUACUUUUGCUUAUGCACUCCCAUCACUAUUAUGGUUGGGAAAAUAGGUUUUUACAACUGGUGGAGACAAUAACGAAUUCCUUUAAUCUCAGUAAUUGUUGGGUGUGUGGGGGUCCAGGAGAUUCGAAUGAAUGGCCCUGGGUAGCCCAACCGGUAUAACCCAAAUGGUGGGUUAGCAACUUAAGUAUAGUGCACGAUGGGACAAAAAUUUGGAAUGAGAAUAGUAGUCCCUGGUGACUCUAUUCCUCCGGAAUAGGCAUCUUUUGCCUUAAUCAGACACGGCAGGAGGGAGUGCAUGUAGGAGAAAGUCCAUUCACAUUUUCUCUAUCUCCAGGAUUUACCCAACUGUCACCCAUACUGUUGUUCGGGAAUCACCCGGUGGGAGUCUAUCAGUGGGCAUGGCAGCACCCUAAUGGAACUCGUACUUAUUUCAAACAGUUUUGGUCUAGUACCAAUUGGCUAAAAUGGGGCUGUAACUGUGUUUGGAAAACAGGAGCUGGGGCCUGGAAAUGUGAUUACUGCGAUUCUGACGGUUCUCCAUCAGCGGUUAUGAGGGGGCCCUUAGGGCCAGGUAAUCACUUAUACUAUGAACAACCAUCGGACUCCGAGACCUGGGAUGGUCCCUUUGCUAAUGGAACUUGGGCCCUGAAAGGCCAUUACUGGAUUUGUGAGCAAUAUGCUUACCGAAGAUUGCCUCCAAAUUGAUCAGGAGUAUGUUACGUUAGAUAUAUUAGGCCCUUGUACUUUCUACUACCCCAGAUACAGGGAAAUAAAUUGGGGAUUAAAGUAUAUGACAAUCUAAUUAGGGAAAGGCGGUCCGUGGACUCCACCUUGGCCAACGGAAGCUCCAAAACAUGGGGGGCUCAGGAGUGGCCCCCUGAAAGAAUUAUAAACCAUUAUGGACCGGCCACUUGGAAUCCAAAUGAAUUAAUAUCAGGGGCCAGGGAACCUAUUUAUAACCUAAAUCGAAUAAUUAGGCUACAGGCUGUUUUGGAAAUAUUAACUAACCAGACAGACGCAGCCCUCGAUCUUUUGGCCGAUCAAUCAACCCAGAUGAGGAAUACGAUCUAUCAGCACCAUAUAGUCCUUGAUUAUUUACUGGCGGAGGAAGGAGGAGUCUGUGCAAAAUUAAAUGAGUCUAAUUGCUGUUUACGAAUUGAUGAUCAUGGAAAAGUGGUAAAACAGCUAACAAAGGAAAUGAGAAAGUUAGCCCAUGUCCCAGUUCAGACCUGGGGAGGGUGGAAUAUGGACUGGUUUACUUCCUGGUUACCACUAUUAGGAUGGCUCUGAAAAGGCUUCCUCUUCCUUGCGUUCUUUAUUACAGCCCUAUUAACCUUAGAUUGCUUUGCUCCCUGUUUAGUUGCAUUAAUCCGACGAAUGGCUAGUCAAGUUGUAUAUCAACGAAUGAUGGCAUUAUACCAGCCGAUAAAAACUGAAGAUUGGGGGCCAUAGGGCUCUCAAAAUGCUUUUAAGGGGGGAGAACCUUGUUAGAACAAAAGUCAACUAUUUGCUUAUCAUCUAAGCUGCUCCCCUCAUGCACGUAGCUGCUUUCUGCGCGCACGUACUCAGGCUACUCAGUAAAGGAAGUUAAACAGAUGCAUCCUGAUUACACCUAAAGAGGAAUUCAAAAAAAUGCAUAGGCUAGUAGAAUUUGUGCACGCUAAGUUGUUUGUUACCGGGUAUAAAAAGCCUGCUCUGCGCUUGUAAGGUGUGUCUCUCCCUCUGGCAUGAGUCGAGGGGAGCACCCGCUCAGCUAACUGACAAAUAAGGAGUUUGGUAUCCAUCUUCUUGUCUUCCGUGCCUCCUUGUGGUAAUUGAGUAAGCUCCAGGGGGAAACGAGCCUGUUUGGCUAACACCAGUACUGUGCUGAUUUCACACAGAUAACAACCAUGAACAGCAUAGCUAGUUUCUAGGUAGUGGCAGCAGUUCUUGGAGUAGCAGAUCUCCUGGAAAAUGUCUGAAUUAGUUUGUCUCUCCCACUUCACUGCAGAUAAUCUUAUUCUUCCUGAGUUGAUCUUUUGCUCCUCAAAGCUGCUUUAAAAUGUUUUUCCUGUUAUGCUGAACUGGGUCUUUGCUUUACAAGCACCUAAACUCUAGCUGAGGAGAUUGCAUGGGCUAAAGCACAUUUCUUUGGCAGUUAGGAACCCUGAGCUUCCUUUGUAUUGCAAAGCAGCUGCACAAAAGGAAGACCGAUGCCCAGUUUGUUCCAAAGGAGCUGCUGUGAGCUAGAAGGUUAAAACACUUGUAAAGUUCAGUAACUGGGGCAGGAUUCCAGAGAGAUUAGCGUGAGACUAGAAAGAGAGGCCCAAGGCAACUGUUACUUGGCACAACUAAAAUCCCAUCAGACUUUAUCAGAUUAAAGAUUUUACACUUUAGUUGUAGUGCCACAUGUGAAAUUCAGUCUUUAAUGAGCUUUAAUAAAACAGUACAGUUUAGAUGUGCAGCCCACCUGGAAAACUUAGGUUUUCUGGCAAUACAGUUCUGGCAAUAUUUAUGGGAAAAUGAUCUGUCUGUACCUUGCAAUAUAGAGAGAAGGCUCUUCCAAAUGUUGGUUUAAUAUUGGUCAGUGAAAUUGAUCUAGUAAUAGUUACCUCUGUAAGGUGUUGAGAAGCAUAUUAUUAUACAGGAAAGCAAAGUUUUCCCCUUACACAUGGGAGGUAUUGGAAUAGCAAAUAUACAAAGGAGUCAAACGUCUGUCUGAUCAUAGGCUGACUUAAAAUAUGAAUAAGGAACCAGGAAGUUUAUAUGAAAAUGUGAGCCAAUUGAAAUGGAAGGCUUCAGUUCAUUGAGUUAUUUAGAUUCACAUUAGCAUGUAGAAUUAUUAUGUUUGAGAAGAAACCUGGAGAGCACAUUACAUUGAAUAUACACUUGGUGAAGGAGAAGAAAGGAAAUUUUGAGUAACCUGUUUGUUACCUUGUGCACUUAGGCAGCAUGUGGAAUGAGAAAGAACAUUACACAUUUAGCAUUUACCAAUUAUAGAUGGGUACUUUCCAAAAAUGUGUUUUGUGUGUUAGUGGGAGGUUUAGCUAUCAUUUGUAAACACGAAUAUAAAUUAAAAUAUUAGACAAGUCAUUAAGUGGUUACAAAAUCUGCUUCAGUGGCUUUAUGAUAGUCAACAUUUUUAGUGAUGAUCUGGAAGAAAAAUGUAAAGUCACUUCUAAUAAAUUUUGUAGAUGGCACAAAGAGAAAUGGAGUGGCAAAUAAUAUGAGGACAGGUCAUUGUUAGAGAGCAAUCUGGCUCACUUUGUAGAAUGGUGUGACAGACUGUACCCCUGUAUUCCCCCCUUGUGCACUAUUGUAAUAAUCUUUAUACAAAGUAUGGCCUGUGAAGUAUCAUUUAAAAACCGUAAAAUCUGUGUGGCAACAUUGUAUGUAUAGUUAUAAGAUUCCACUGUAUGGUGUUAUUAAAACAUGUUCCAAGUCUGGGUAGUGAACAAACCAGUUCCUCAAGAGACAAAGGGCAGCCAAUGCCUCAGCCAGGUGUAAACAAGGUCAGUGGGACAUUACUUGCUAAGUGGCUAUUUGUUGGCAGGAAAUGGGCAUAAGCAGAAAAUCUAAAUCUUAGCAAAGAAACAGCAUAGGGUUCCCAUCCACACAGUCUGCCUGUCACUAUGCUCCCAGCUGGAAAUGCUUCUCAAAGAGUAGACAGGACUAUAAAAAGAAGGGGCAGACACCUCCCCUCCUCUCUCUGUCUGCCAAUUCGCUGCAUGAGAAGGAACAAAGGAAGCAGUCAUUACAUAGAAGAAGAGAUCUUAGCCUAAGGAGUCUGACCAGGAAGAUUGUUGAGAACAUUUGGCGAGAAAAACUUUGUUUUGAAUUUACCAUAGUUUAAGUUAAGCACUAGUUGCAUUUUAUCUUUAUUAUUCUUGUAACAUUUUGCCUCAUUACUUGUAAUCACGUAAAAUAUAUCUCUUUGUAGU